CACAUUGUCCAACAUGGCUGCGUCCAUGGUAAGGACUUGCCGUUUUGUAUGGCGGCAUGGGUCCUGUAUUCUCCUCAGGCCAACGAGUCUUUACCUCAGCCUCAGGUGUAAAUUUCACUGUUCUUCCACCGCACAUAACGGACUGCUCUUCUCUCUGAAUAAACGCGGUGUUCUGAAGGACUCUUUCCCAGAAAACGCAGCUCAGGACCGGCUACCUCGGCUGCUCCAGUCCGGUGCUCAGACUGUAUACUGCGGCUUUGAUCCCACGGCCGACAGCCUCCAUGUGGGCAACUUGCUCGCUAUCAUCGGCCUGCUGCACUUCCGCAGCGCCGGGCAUCAUGUCCUCGCUGUGCUCGGAGGUGCCACGGCACAAAUCGGGGACCCGAGCGGAAAGACGACCGAGAGGGAGCGGAUGUCCGCGGACGCCGUGGAGGCGAACACCCACAGCAUCAGGGAGAGCAUCCAGAGGAUUUUCACCAACCACGAACUGCAAUUUCACGACAGCUCCAGAAAGCUGGGUACUGUGACCGUACUGAACAACCUGAGCUGGUAUAAGGACUGGGGCGUCGUGGCCUUCCUGUCGGAGGCCGGCAGGCACUUCAGGAUGGGCACCAUGCUCAGCCGCCACAGCGUGCAGUCCAGGCUGAAGAGCGCAGACGGUAUGAGCCUGACAGAGUUCACCUACCAGGUGUUCCAAGCUUAUGACUUCUACCACCUGAACCAAAUAUACGGCUGCAAGAUUCAGCUCGGAGGCACCGACCAGCUGGGCAACUUGAUGUCUGGCCAUGAAUACAUUCACAAAAUGAGCGGUGAGGAGGUGUACGGCCUGACCAUCCCCCUGGUGACCAGCUCUGUCGGGGACAAGCUGGGGAAGACAGCAGGGAACGCAGUGUGGCUCAACAGAGACAAGACAUCACCCUUUGAACUCUACCAGUUCUUUCUCAGGCAGCCUGACAGCAGUGUGGAACGGUACCUGAAGCUGUUCACCUUCCUGCCUCUGGCGGAAGUGGAGAGGCUGAUGGAGCAGCAGAGAGAGGAUCCAGGUAAACGCCUUGCACAUAAGCGUCUGGCUGCAGAAGUGACGAAACUGGUGCAUGGAAAGGAGGGCCUCGAAAGUGCUAAGAGAUGUACCAACGCGCUGUACCACAGCAGCGUGCAGGCCUUGGAGGAAAUGAGUGACGAGGAGCUUCAGGAGCUCUUCAGGGAGGCUCCCUUCCAUGAGCUGCUGCUGGAGCCGGGGACCACUGUGAUAGACACCUGCCGCAGAGUCAACGCAAUCCCAGAGGGACCCAGAGGGUAUCGGAUGGUUGUGGACGGAGCAGUGUGGAUCAACCACAGUCGGACAGACAAACCAGAUCAAGUACUGAUCCCCAAACUCCACAUCCUGUCUAAUGGACUUACCUUGCUCAGAGUGGGCAAGAAGAACUUCUACAUCAUCAAGUGGCUCAGUCUCUGAGGUCGUUUGCUUUCACAAGGGACCGGGUUACUGUAAUGGACUGACGGGGAAGGUAGGCGACUACACCUCAGCAGGGUCAGUGAGGAGACACGGAUGGACUGAUAUUUUGGUACAUAGUAGGUUUAGGUGUGGCCUAAACCCUUAAUGAUUGCCUGUGGUUGUCAUAUAAAUAUGUAUAUGUACAGAUGUGACAUUUAUCAAAAGCUAAGAUAUUAAAAACAUUUGAUAUAACGGUUGUUUCUUGUUGACUUUGUACAACAGACAUCUUGCAAAGCAGACACUAGGGGGCAGCAUUGCCCCAGUCAUAAUGGUGGAGUUGCAUGCCGCCACAGCUGCACCACUUAGCCUGCUGUGACCCCAUAGGUAAAUAAUUGCUAACAGUAAAAUUAAAUUGCAUAAUUUCUCACAAACAGGUUAUGGAUCUAUUUUAAGCGAAUCGUGUUUCUUUCAAUUUGAUGUGAACACAAGGCCAACAUCUGUUUUACUGUGGCUGUUUUUUUUUUUCUGCACUGUGGUGGUGAGUGUAAACUGUACCAAAAGAAAAGCAAGAGGUUUUAGAUCAGUUCAAAAACAAACAAUUUUUGGCUGAAGAUUAUUUUUAGAUUCCAUAAAUUUUAUAUUCACAUUAUGAGAAUCAUUUUUGAAGAAUGGCUUUAGAUUUUCCCAUAAAUAACAAAGUUUUCACUGUGGUGUAACUAACAAUUUCUAACUUUUAGCAUGCAUGGCCUUUGUCUGUCAUUCUUUGGUUUUUCAUUUUAGAUUUUUGUUCUUUUGCAUUCUGAGACUCCUGAAUGUGGAGAUGUGCGUGGCUUUUUAGUUCUUUUAUCUGUUCUUCUUUUUAUGCUGGGGGCCGGUGGAGAUGAGGACAGGGUCUGGUGUGUGCUGACCUUGACUUACCCCACUCAGCUCCAGAUUAUUGGUGGAAACACCAUGUCAUGAAGAUACACUUUUACUCUUUUUUUAGAUUUUUUUUUUUUCCCCUCUAUUGUUAAUCAUUUGAUAGUUUGACACUUUGCGGGGUGUAGAGCUACUCUAGCAGAGGACCCACACCUUGAAGCUUCAGCCUAUGUAUUUUCAGAAAUGUCAUCUCUUUUAAGGUGGAAUGCUUACAAGCAAUUCAAUU